AUGAGAAUUUUGUUUUCUUUGCUAAUAUCAUUGUUUUUCAGUGCAAAGCUAAACCACUUUUCUGAGGCAAAUACUAUUUUAGAUUUAAAUAAAGUAAACAGUAGUAACGAACGUCAAAAGCUAUAUUCUGACUUUCUUAAAGAAUAUGGCAGUGAUUACAAUAAAGAGGUAGAAGAAAUAUCACGAGUAGAGUUAAAAAGGUUUGAGGGACAGACAUACUUGGAUUAUACAGGUUCAGGAUUAUACCAAAAAUCACAAUUGGAGGAAAUUUACACGGAUUUUAUAAAUAAUGCAUAUGGAAAUGCUCAUAGUAGAAAUCCUUCUGCAGAAUUGACCAAUAGAAAAUUAUCAGAAGCUAGAGAGCUUUUGUUUAACUUUUUUAACAUAAGUAAAGAUACUCAUACAAUUAUAUUUACAGGUGGUGCAACUGGGGGGUUAAAGUUAAUAGGAGAAGACUUCCCCUGGACAAAGCAUAGUAAAUUUUACUAUACUAGAGUAAAUCACAAUUCAGUAUUAGGAAUAAGAGAAUAUGCAAUUUCUAAAGGAGCUGAAUUUAAAGCAUUAUCUUUCCGUGAUGUGGAAAAAAUAUUAGCUGAAAGGGAAAGUAAUUACAAAGAAAAUAAAGAUAUAAAGUAUGAUCAUAUGUGUUUAUUUGCCUAUCCAGGUAAAGAUAACUUUUCUGGAGAAAAGUAUCCACUAAGAUGGAUAAAGCAAAUACAAAAAUAUGGUUUAUCUGAUAAUUGUGAAUGGAAAGUUAUUUUAGAUGCAGCAGCAAUGGUUCCUAAUGAAAAAUUAGAUAUUACAGAAGUUUCAGCAGAUUUUGUAGUUGUAUCAUUUUAUAAAAUGUUUGGGUACCCUACAGGACUUGGUGCAUUAAUUUCAAAAACUGAUCAAGUUAAUAGAUUUAAUAAAGUAUAUUUUGGAGGAGGAACUGUAGUAAUGGCUUCUUGUGAUUCUAGAUGGUGUAAAAUGCGUGAUAAUCCGAGUGCAAAAUUUGAAGAUGGUACCGUUUCUUUUUUAAGUAUUGUAUCGCUUAAAUAUGGUAUAAGUAAACUUCAGUAUUUUGGUAUGGAUAAAAUUAACAAACAUAUUUCGUCUUUGUCACUAUUUACUUUUAAACUUUUAUCUCAAUUAAGGCACUUUUCUGGAAGUAAUGUUGUUCAUUUUUAUGGAAGGUUUGCUUCUCCUCCGACUGGAGGUAUCAUAAAUUUUAACUUACUUAAACCAGAUGGAAGUUUUGUUCAUUAUUUUCAAGUUGAACAAAUGGCAUCAGAUAAUAAUAUUCAUUUAAGAACUGGAUGUUUUUGUAAUCCUGGAGCAUGCCAAGAUUAUUUAGGUCUCACUUUGGAAGAGAUUCAAAUUACAAGUGAAGUUAAGGAGAAUUGUAGUGACCCAGCUGCAGGUUUAGCUGGUAAGCCACUUGGAUCAAUUAGGAUCAGCUUUGGGUACCUUUCAACUUUUAAUGAUGUUUUAACUUUUUAUGAAUUUAUUAAAACAAAUUUUGUACAUUAA